AGUGAGUCCAGGGCUCUGGGAUUGGACCGGACUGGGUCUGCCCCUGGUUCCUCAUGAUAAGGGAGGCAGGGCCAGUCUUAGGGAAUGGGCAACGCUCCUGGUCUGCUACACUGGUUUCUAACAGCUGAACACUUUGCAGGAGAGUGAGGACUGACUGAGUACAAUACAGCACCCAGCCACUGUGGGAGAGAGAGAGAGAGAGAGAGAGAGAGACUCCGCUGAAACACUCUUCAGCCAGAUCCCCAACUCUGCAGAGAGGACAGAAAGAAGCAGCAGAGACAAACAAAAGCAUUCUUUGCUUUCAAUUUAAAAGAAAAAGGGGGGGAAAUAACAAUACGUGGGGCGAGAUCAUUUACUUGAGAAACAAAUUCAAGGAGAGCGGCGUGACAGCUCGGCGUCAGUCUGCGGCCAGACUCGGGCUUAUCGUCAUAAAACAGCUCCAAACACAAAGUAACGGAUUGUAGCGCAGCGUUGCAUGAAGGAUAAGUACAUCUGGGAGCAGGAACAGGAUGGGAGCGACUCUGAGGAUCACGUGGCUGCUGCUUUUACUCAGCUUCCUAUGUCACAGCGUCUGUUCAGAUACUACCGAUCAGAAUACCACUUCAGCGCCUACGAAUGCUACUUCUGCCAUGUCUGCAUCAUUGGUUGUGCCUGAUGGCAAUAUAUCUGGGAGUGAGCCAACUACUAAAAGUGAUUCCAAUCCAGAUGCACCUGAUGGUGGCACAACUGAAACACCACCGACUGGUAAUACCAGUAUGAAAAAUGAACCUACGCAGGCACAAACACCCGCAAAGCUAAACGAUAUAGUCCCCACGACUGCUAUCAUAGUGACUGCUACAUCCAGCCCUGCAGACAAGUCAGCCUCCACCCAACCACAAACAACCAAUGUCACAGACAACCCACCAGCACCUCCAACUGUCUCUAGCGGCGGUGCUAUUGUGGUGAAUAAUGCCACUCCUGCUGCUGCUGCUGCUGCUGCUACCACCAGCCCACUCAAGACCACGUCCACCGCUCCAUUAGCUGACAGCAGUGGCAGUUCAGUGGUAUCCCCCAGUGCUGCCACAAUACAGACGCCUAAAGUCCCUGUACCGAGCAUAUUCACUGGGACUGAAGGGCUUGUCACAGUGCAAGGAGAUCCUGGCAAUGUGGGGACAACCGAGAUCACAAAGGUCCCGACACAUACCCCUACGCCAGUGCAACAGUCCAUGACUCACACCACUAUCGCUUCCAAGACGAGCCAGGAGAACAGCAAAGAAAGUACCAAGGAAAACCCUGUGACAGUUACAAGCCACAAGCAGACAGCAUCGUGGGCCCCAGAGCUAGUUGGGAACACAGGGACCACCGGGACCACCAGCACCCCCUCCUCCCUGACCACGGCAGGAUCUCCUGUAGUAGAGACCACUGCGAGCAAAGCUGGAACCAUGUCUCUGCAAACCACCACCACUACCACAGCAGCUGCUCAGCCAAAGACAUUUUUGUAUUCUCUAAACAACGGGGACACGAAAGAAGAAGAGAAAGAUCUGGUGGAGGUGUGCAGGCGGCUGAUAGCGAAUUUGCAAGAUGGAAACUGCUCCCUGACAUGGCGGCACAACAAUGGCAAAAUACAGUUUGACUAUGUGGAGAUAAAUGGCAAAGUGAAAACCAGCCUGGCAAACCAGUAUUAUGAAGAAAUCACCAAGAAACCAACAGAUAACAAAACCCUGAUAGCCAUCCUGGCCUCCUGUGGAGCUCUGCUGAUCAUGAUUGUCAUCCUCGCUGUUUGUGCCUCGCACCACCGCAAGCCAUACAAUGAGAACCAGCAACACCUGACGGAGGAGCUUCACACGGUGGAGAAUGGUUACCACGACAACCCCACACUGGAGGUGAUGGAGGUGCAGCCGGAGAUGCAGGAGAAAAAGAUGGCGCUGAACGGAGAGUUCAACAACGACAGCUGGCUCGUCCCCAUCGACAACCUGCUAAAGGAGGAUAUACCUGAUGAGGAGGACACUCACCUGUAGAGAUGACUAGGGACAAAGAAGAUUAAAAACAGGACCGGGCUAAUUCCAGCCACACCAAAACAAACAAAACAAUCCACAUUUCUCGCUCCAUGCCAGCCCUGCCCACUCACCUUACACUCGUGACCCUGGGAAGACUUUCUCACAAAGAAAUACAUUCUAUUGAACAGCCAAGCCCCUAUAUUAAUAUGUUGUCUCUCUGUUGGAUUGAUUUUUAUUGUAUUUUGGUAUGAAAAAGAAAUGAGGAUAAAAAAAAAAAUCCAUCUUUGAGAAUGAAGUACCAAUGACAUUGUAGUGGCCUUGGAAACUUAAACAUGUUUGAAUAAUCCACUAAAUAAAUCACUCUUGUGCCUAUACAGUAGGUUUUAUAUAAAUAAACCCUUCCAACAGAGCACAAUUCAAAAUGUGUCAUUCUAAAAACUCAGAAAGUACGCCAAACCCCAAGAGGAUUGUGCCUUUUCUGAUUUGUACACAAGCACCUGUAAGUAGAGGAUUUUUAUGUUAUUUUCUGCAAGUGAGGAAGAGCCAGGUGAUGUUGCAAAAUGAUCACUUUGCUCUGGAGGCCUAAGAGGAAGAGGAUAAGAGCGGUAACAGCAAUGUCAGCCGCCUUGGCUGUUCUAGAGUUACUAACUUAGAUAGUUGACCUCAGGAUACUUCAAAGCAUCCUGGUGAUUUUCCACUAGUGCGUGUCGACUAUGAGGGAGCUGCCAGCGGCUGUAACUGGUGCAACUGAGCACUAACCUUAUUCAGAAAAAAAGAACAUGUCCACAGAGACACUGAUUAAGGCAGAUGGGUCUAUAGAAAUACGACAAAUGAAGGGUUUUAAUUCAAAAUGCCAUAUAUUGACUCAAAGUUGUUUUCAUGUGAUUACAAAAUGAUUGUACAGCAAUCAAGGGAAAAGGCUCCAGUCUUUUGUUCCCUCUUGCCUUCCAUACUUGGAGGAUAUCGCUCAGUAUUCUUAAAAGAAAAAUUAACUGAUCACAUGUUUUUGUGAGUUUUACAUACUGUAAUUAAAAAUUAAUUAUUUAAAUGCCUCAUUUUGAAACUUAACGGAUCAUUCCGGUUUACUACAUUUUAGGUCUUAUUUUAGUAGUUUUCCCCAAUAUUUCUAAUCGGCUAUAAAAACAUUGUACUCACCAAAGUAAUUACUGAGAUGUGGGAACAUGGCAACGUUGCUACAACAAAGUCUGCCGAGGCAAGACAUACGAGCAGUCAGACGAUCAGACAGGUUGUAAACAAGCCAACGGUUUAGCCAGAUUAUCUCAACCACUUAUUUGGAGGUAAAACUGAAAAUGAUCCACCCCCUAAAUGUUGCUUGAAUUCCCUUAUUGCACAGGAAAACUGUGUGCACACAAGUAUGGUAAGUACAGUGGGUCAAAUUUGAACCAGGGACCUGUUUCGAAAAAGUGGGCUCUGCUUACACAAUGACUGCAAAUGAUGGCCGCAUCAUGUUUCACGAAGUGUAGCUCAGAAAUCGCAGAUAAAUUCACAGGGCCCAUGCCAGUGCAUGGGUUGCGAAAAUGGCAUUGGAUUUGAUUAGUGAAACCUAUCAAAGUCACAGUGAGACUGUGUAACUUUUGGAAGAAGAAAUAACAAUAUUCCUCUUGCAAAUGAAAACUUGAAUUCACAAGCAAUAAAACAUACCCUUGAUUACUUUGGAGUUCUGCUGCUGGAUGCAUAGGAUGUCUAACUAACAUGUCAGUGGUUUUAUUACAAAACAGGAACUAAACACUUUACACCUCACCAAGAGAUAUGUAUGUUGUAUCCUGCUUGUGAUCACAUUCAACUCGCUCUCAGUCAGGCCAUCUAAUGAAGCAACUAACUCGAGAGAAUCUUUGAAAAUGAAGGGAAUCUGACCAGCUUGAAACAUGCUACAAUGGUUCAUUACCCUGUAAUGACCCAUUGUAGCAUGUUCCAAGCUGGUCUGUAAACUGUGAUGGAUGUUUACAACAGACAGUGAUAAUGUUACCGGUCGCCUUUGUUUUCUCUUCCAAAUAAGUCUGGCUAACCUGUCUGGUUGUCUGUAUGCUCGUUUCGUGCCCUGUGGACUGUACAGUGUAAUUAUUACUGACAGGACUGAUGGCAAAACUACUAAAAUAACACCCAGGCUAUAAUAAUGUGGAAUGCUCCUUUAACUACAGCAAAAUGACAAUAUCUUCUGAAACCAAUACCCAUAGCCCACAACAUUUCUCACUCUAACUGGAUGUUACAAUAAGGAAUUUUUAUGAGUCAAGUUGCAAAACAAGUUGAGAUGUUCCAGUUUAUGUGGACUAGGAUACGGAUACGUUGCUAUUUUGACAGCUGCAUCAAGUGAUUCUCCUUGAACAGAAAUAUCCCAAAAAUGGUAACUUCGCAUUGGUAAUGAGAAUAAUACUGGACUGAUGCUGAUUUUGCUUUUUAAAAACUGAUAUUGGUCAAUACUGAUGUGCAAAUAACUUGGUGCACCUCUGAAGAGAACACUGUAAAUAGUUUUUUCUCACGGUUGCUGAUGCUGGAGGGGAGGAGUCAUCUGACAUUUUAAGAUGCCUGACUUAACAUUAAAACCCUCCAAGCAGAACCUGAGCACAUUUGUGAUUUAUGGUUUUUCAUUUUGGAUUCUUUUAAGUUUAAUAAUUUACUUCCCUUUGAACCAAUUAAGAAGUUAAUAUAUAUUUACUUAUAUACAAGUGAAUCCUUCACCUUGGGCACUCCAAUCAACUUCUUUGGGUUUUUUUUUAAUUGUGUUUGUGUGUAUGUCUACAGUUUCACUUUUAUUAUAGUUUCUGAUAUUUUCACCAAAGUAUGUUACCAGUAUUUUAUGUAUUUAUGGUUUGUUUGCUGCUGAAGGCAAACAACAGGGGUCUGACACACUGGAAGCUGUAAAUUGUCGAUCGCUUUGGCGGUCACGUUGUUCUACCUGUUCAGAUUUGCAAAUAAAGGAAGUGUUUUUCCACUUUG